GUCCCCGUCCGUUCCGACCUUUGGUCACUGUCGAUCGCAGACCGCCGACGAUGGACGUCCCCAAGAUCAAGGAAAAAUCCAGCGCCGCGAUCCAGACCCGCUCUAAAGAACUCUGGGAUCUCAGCCAGGAGAUCUGGAAGAAUCCCGAACUCGCCUUCAAGGAGCACCGCGCGCACCAAGUCUUGACUGACUUCUUGGAGAAGCAGGGCUUCCGUGUGGACCGACACUACAAGUUGGACACGGCCUUCAGGGCGGUGUGUGGGGAGGAGGGAGGCUUACACGUCUGUGUGAUCUGUGAGUAUGACGCCCUGCCUGGGAUCGGACAUGGCUGCGGACACAACCUGAUCGCAGAGGUGGGCGUGGCGACCGGGAUCGCGAUCAAAGAAGUGAUCCAAGACUUCCAACAACCAGUCAAGGUAACCGUGCUGGGAACACCUGCGGAGGAACAAGGGGGCGGAAAGAACAUCCUCAUCGAACGGGGCUGUUUCAAGGACGUCGAUUUCGCCAUGAUGGCGCAUCCAGAUAUCUGCAGUAUCGCCAGGUGGCGCUGUCUGGCGAGAGUCAGUGUUAGCGUCACUUACAAAGGCGAGGCCUCCCACCCCGCCUACCAGACCUGGCAGGGGACUAACGCCCUGGACGCAGCCGUCCUGUGUUACAGUAACAUCUCUGUACUCAGGCAGCAGAUGAGACCUCAUCACCAGGUGCACGGUAUAAUACUGGACGGCGGAACCCAUCCUGACGUCAUUCCAACCGAGACGAAGCUGGAGUUCAUGUUGCGCGCCCCCUUGCGAUCGGACCUGGCCCUGCUGGAGGAACAGGUGGUCGCGUGUUUCCAGGCGGCAGCCGUCGCGACAGGGUGCAAGCUGGAAUACAAGUUCGACAAAGGCCCAGAGCACUAUCUGAACGUCCUGCAGAACGACACCCUCAUCACCCGUUACGAGGAGAACUCGCGAGAGUUUGGAAUGGACUUCUGCACCGACCAGAAGAUUUGUGCCGGGGAGAUGUUCUCAGGGUCUACCGACAUGGGCAACGUCUCCCACGUCGUGCCAAGUAUCCAUCCCGAGUUCUCCAUCGGAGAUACUGCUGCUACACAUUCCGCACUCUUCACCAAAGUCGCAGGCGCUCCAGAGGCCCAGCCCUACACCUUGACCCAGGCUAAGGUGCUCGCCAUGACGGCCAUCGAUGUCAUCUGCCAACCUGAACUCUUCAAGAAAAUGAAAGACGACUUCAAACACGACGUCGCGAAUACGUAGUUUGGCGCAUGUACCCAUGUCCUUGAUGUACCUUUCUCAGGUCGAUUGAAAAGCACUACCAUGUCAGUGUUUCGGCAGCUUGUGAACUGCGCCCAUCAGGGCUUACUACAAGUAAGCUAUAAUUCUGCUUCCGUGAAGUUUCAUACUGCUGCUUGUCGCAAGGUGGCGGAGCUGUAGAAGUGAAGUACUACAACAAAUGUACUAGUAGGGCCAAACAUUACUGCGGCUGCUAUAUUAACUUAUCAUGACCCAUCAGAGUCAGCAAGGGGCCCGAGUACACUGUGUGUUAUAUCAAGGAGUUUUUUUUUACCCUCCUUGGUUUUGUAUACAAGUUAUAGAGCAUGAUUCAUCAGAUACACCGCGUGAGUCAGUGUAUGAUGUACCUUGUGACUUUUCCAGUACCUGUUUCCACUUUGCAAGUGUGAGAUGUACACAUAUGCACCUUGUGACUUAAGUUACAUGUGUGAGCUACUACUACGACGUAUCCGUCGUACAACCUACCUGUUUUAAGGUAGCAUUUCUUGUGUUUUAUAUAGUCAACUAGUAAGAUAAGAUUAGCAGUACUUGAUAAAGA